UGCGACGGUUCCCAAGCGACUCAGAUCGGCGGAGAUAUACCCGACAUAUAGCCCAGUCAUAGGCGAUAGUCAAAAUCGAAAGAAACCGAGGGCCGCCAGAUAACUAACCUAACAAGGUAACGGCACACUCGAGACGAAAGACAGUCGAUAAGAUUAACGUCAACUUAAUUAAAACUAAAGAAAAGAAAAGCCAGGCACAAAACAAACGGCCGAUCGAUCGAUCGAUCGAUCCCAUCGUAACUUAUACAGUCCUCCUAGCCUUAGAUAAUAGCCAACUCGAGUGGCACUCGUUCAAGUGAUUUGUGAUUGUGGUUUAGUUAAGAACUGACUAAAGCCCUGGGAAAAAGUGUGUGAUUCAGUUUUGGAAUUUCCAAGAUCCCCAGGAUCUAAGGGAUCAUAUUCGGCAUCGGAAUCGGAAUCAGAUACAGCUGCAGGAUGUACGUGGCCAACACCACGGGCGGCCUAAUGCUGCAGACCAUGUUGUACUUGGCCAACCACACCAGUCGGGCGGCGGUCAACACCCUGGUGGACCUGCCACCAGCUCCCAAAAGUGACAUCAACGAGGUAAAAUGCUUUGGAGUGUAUGGCUGUUUUCCGAUCAAUGGACCCUGGAACACGGUGACCCGUUCGAUAAAUGUGCAUCCGCAGAAGCCUUCCGAGAUCGAGCCCCAUUUCACACUGCACACGCGAAGGGCACUGGAUCAGCCCAAGUAUCUGGAUCUCAAUGAUCCAGAAAGCGUUCAAGGCAUGGGAAUGAAUCCCAAGGGCAAGAUAUUCCUGCUCGUCCAUGGAUACCUGGAGUCCGGUGCGAUUCCCUGGAUGUGGGACAUGGCCAAGGCGCUGCUGGCCCACGAACCCGAGGGUCGGGCAGCCGUGGUCCUCAUCGAUUGGGGCGGUGGAGCCAGUCCGCCUUAUGUUCAGGCUGUUGCCAAUAUCCGGCUGGUGGGUGCCAUCACCGCCCAUGUGGUGCACAUGCUGUACGAGGAGCUGCGUCUUCCGAAUCUGGACAAUGUGCACAUCAUUGGCCACUCACUGGGUGCCCAUCUGUCCGGCUAUGCUGGCUAUCACCUGCAGCACGACUUUGGACUGAAACCGGCCAGGAUAACGGGUCUGGAUCCGGCUGCUCCCCUCUUCACGGACACCGAUCCCAUCGUGCGGCUGGACAAGACGGAUGCCCAUUUCGUGGACAUCGUGCACACAGAUGCCAAUCCCCUGAUGAAAGGCGGACUGGGCAUCAAUAUGCGACUGGGACAUGUGGACUUCUUUCCAAACGGUGGCUUCGAUAAUCCCGGCUGCAACAAGAAGUUCCAGGAUGUGGUUAAGAAGAAGACGCUGUUCCUCACCAUGCAGGAGUUCCUCGGCUGCAACCACAUUCGCAGUCAGCAGUAUUUUACGGAAAGCAUCGGCUCGAAGUGUCCUUUUCUUGGAAUAACCUGUGAUUCUUUCGAGAGCUUUAAGGACACGAAGUGCACCAGUUGCGAGGAGCCGGGCCACACGUGCCUGCGAAUGGGCUACCACAGCCAGGAGGAUUACCAGGAGCAGGUUGAUCUGGGCCAGCUGCAGCAAGGCGAUUCACCAGGGGUCUUCUACCUUUGGACUGGAGAUAGCAAGCCCUUCUGCCGACUGCACUAUAGGAUAACAGUGCGGGUUUCUGGACACGAUGAGAGUACUCUACAUGGCGGCGAGGUGGGCAUCCUGUCCAUUCAGCUGCACGAUGCCCUGGUGAAGAAGGGUGGCAAGAAUGAGCGAGCCGCCACGGAGAUGAUGAAGUUCUCCCAGAAGGCAAUGUACUUCGAGCCGGGCUAUGAAUACAAAGCUUUGGUGGCCGGACGGAAUCUCCGAGAACCGGAGUACGCGACUGUAAAUUGGGAGUAUCCUACCAAUAUACUGAAUCCACUCACAUGGCGCAUCUUAUCUGCGCCGCGUAUCUACUUGGAGUACAUCCUCAUCGAGGCGAUGGAGUCCAGCGACCUAUACUUAAAAUUAUGUCCUCAGCACGAAGGAGCCAUUCUCACGGGCGCCGAAAAUGUCCUGCGCUCCAGCUAUUGCAAGGAUUAAUACCAACCUGUUUACUAAGCAACUUUGGUAGUUUAUUGGCUAAUUGAUGAUGAUAUUAUCAUUUCAAUUAAUUGAUUAAUUAUCUGCUAAAUUCGGAACUGUAUGUAAGCUAUAUCAUUACUUAAUUGGCUAAUUAAUAUUUGUCUUCGCUCAUGUCUAAUCAUUAAUUAGCUAAUUAAUUAAUAAUUCAGUUGACACUUUCUCAGCACACAAAUAUGAUUGUGUAGAAAAUCAAAGAAAGCAAUGCAGGUUUGCGUCGCCGCUAAGUGGUUUGCACAACCAGAAGUGGCAGAGGGAUGCAAGUCUGCGCUGUGGGAACAGAUCGAAACAGUGUUCCCAGUUCGACUUUUAUAGCAACGUGCUGAGGAGGAACAGUUUGUAUUUUAUUAUAGUAUUUUAAUAGUUCGAAAUACGAAACAAUCAUCAAACCGUUAUUUAUUUUAUAAAAUAAUAUGUUUCAUAUAUUUUUUUUGAGUUUAAUGUAUUUGUAGUCGUAGUGCACUGAUGUAGUCUAAUUUAAUGUAAAUAAACAUGCAAAUAUAAAAAGA